UUUGAUUGAUAAAUUGAUUGAUUGAUUGAUUGAUUGAUUGAUUGAUUUACAAUAUACUGAUCUACUGAUCAAUAAAUUGGAUGAUUGCUCAAUGAAUAGAUACUUACAUUAAUACUUACGUAGUCUGUCCAACAAUAAAUUUCAAUUUUAUCUACUCUGAAAAUUUAAAAAAUAAAGCGAUAAAGAAGCAUGGCUCCAGAUAUAACCAUCAAUCAGCUCACAAACAUCUGCAAAACUCUUGAAGACCGAUUGAAACCUCUGCCGGAAAGGUUCAGAGCACUUUUUACUCUGCGAAAUCUCGGCGGGAAGGCGGCCAUUGAUAGCAUAUCUAGGUGCUUUUCUGAUCCCUCGGUUCUGCUGAAACACGAGUUGGCCUAUUGUUUGGGGCAGAUGCAGGAUAAGUAUGCUAUUCCUACUUUGAUAAACGUUCUGGAAGAUGGCAGUCAAGAAGUUAUUGUGAGGCAUGAAGCAGGAGAAGCUCUGGGAGCUAUUGGUUCUUCAGAAGUUUUGAAUGUUCUGGAAAAACACAGAGAAUCACCAAUCAGAGAGAUAUCAGAAACUUGCCAAUUAGCGAUAGCUCGAUUGAAUUGGUUGAAAAAUAGAACACCAGAAAACCCUCAAACACAAGAAGAGAGCACAGAAACCACAACGAACCCUUCAAACGUCGUCUACAUGUCAGUCGACCCUGCACCUCCGGCAGUCAUCAGGGAUGUCCAACAACUGAAAUGCCUACUUUUAGAUGAGAAGCAGUCACUAUUUGAUAGGUACAGAGCCAUGUUUGCAUUGAGAAACCAGGGAGGACCAGAAGCUGUCAAGGCCCUGGCUCAAGCUCUAAACUGCGAUGGAGCCCUGUUCAGACAUGAAAUUGCGUACGUUCUUGGUCAGAUGCAGGAUGCCGAUGCAACAGAAGGGCUACUGAAUCGACUGCAAGAUCAAAACGAAAGUGCCAUGGUGAGGCACGAGUGUGCUGAGGCCCUGGGUUCCAUAGCCACUGACAAGUGCGAGAAUGUUCUGAAGAACUAUCUGAAUGAUGAGGAGGAGGUGGUCUCACAGAGUUGUGAGGUAGCCUUAGAUAUGGCCAACUACGAAAGAUCCGCCAGUCAGUUUGAGUAUGCUGACGGCCUGACGAAGCAGAGAUUGGAGAGACAAGUUGCUGAGAAAUAUGUUUGAAUGUUCAUUCCUCGUUUUAUUUAUAUUUUAGGGUCGUUGUUUGUUUGUUUGUUUGUUUGUUUGUUUGUUUGUUUCUCUCUGCGUAGAUCAGUUCAUUUUUGUUGUUGUGAUGGUGGUUUGAAAUAUUUAUUUUACACUUGUUGAAAGAAAGAUGAAUUUUCAAAUGUUUUAAUAAAAUGUGGCAAAAACUUU